AUGGUCGACGUGGGCGAUUCGUUCGCCAGCACGCUCGCGCGGGAGGGAUGGGGUCUUUACGGCUUGGGCAUGGCUGUUCUCCUGCUCAGAUUGCUGGGGGGCGUGUUCUACUACCAGGCCGACGACUAUCUCGAGAUGCUCGCCGCUUUCUUCUACACCGUCCUCAUUAUAACCCUCAACAUGAUCGUCGACAAGGGCGGCUCGAACCUCUUCACAACCGAGCAGUUCUCCGCCUUCACCCCGGCGGAUAUCGAGGCCCGCGUCGCCGGGUCAAAGAUCGUCCUCGUGUCGGAGCAGGCGAUGCUGAACGUCAUCUACGUCCUGAAGGCGUGCGUGCUGGUCCUCUACACGCGGCUCACCCUCGGCCUCACGGCGCAGCGCUUCGUCCGCUGCCUCGCCGUCUACGUCGCCGUCGGCUGGACGGCGACCCAGAUCACAAUGUUCACCGCCUGCCGGCCCUUCUCCGGGUACUGGGCCGUGCCGCCGCCGGAUCCGCAGUGCGCGACGCUCGAGCGCUACGCCAUCGUGCAGGGCUGCUUCAACAUCACGUCCGACGUGCUCAUGCUGCUCGUGCCGCUGCCGCUCGUGUCCCGGAUGCACAUCGCCUGGCGGCAGAAGGCGGUGCUCAUCUUCAUAUUCAGCCUGGGCAUCUGCGUCAUCGUCGCGGCGCUGCUCACCAAGAUCUUCAACCUGCGGAACCCCUACAGCCCCGUGUACAUGCUGUGGUACAUCCGCGAGGCGACCGUCGCCACGUGCGUGUCGAACCUGCCGCUCGUGUGGCCGCUGCUGCGCGAGUGGUUCCCGUGGCUUCGCAGCCUGAGCGCCCCGGGCGUGCUGCCGACGCCGCACUCGGUCAGGCGGACCAAGGCCGUCAGCGGGUCCACGUGGGACGCGACGACGCAGCGCGGCGGCAGCCAGCUUACGGGGGCGGCGAUGGCGGCGACGGCGGCAACGGGGAGAAGGGACACGCUUGACGACUUCCGUCACUGGCUGAACGCGGCGGACCUCGAGCUCCAGCGGCCGCCGAGCUGCGUGCGGUCGCCCUCGAGCCAGCGGUCCACCCUAAGCGGGCGGACGGACGAGCCCGCGGGCUCGCCGGGGAGGAAGAGCCGGAAGCAGCAUCCCUCAUCUUUCCCGGACGCCUUCCUCCAGGGCUGGGACGGUGCCGAGCCGAGCCUGCGAAAGCAGACAAUGGACCUGGAUCUCGAACAGGGGGUGCUGUAUAGUUGCUUCGGCCCGGGGCAGGGUCUGUACCCGGAGCCGAAGAAGCCGGACGCGAGUGCGACUAAGUGA